AUGAGUACUGAGUGUUCAGUUGUAUUUAAUGUAACAGUUAGGACAUCUCUUUCUUAAGUAGUUGGAGUGGUAGGAAAUUAACCAGAAUUAGGAAAUUGGAAUGAGAAAAAGGCAUGUAUUUUAAAAACAGAGCCAGCUUCAUUUCCAAAAUGGGUGACUGAAAACCCAAUAAUAUUUUAAAGAGGUAUUAGGAAUACAUUAUUGAAGGAACAAAAUUGGAAUUUAAAUUAGUGAUUAUAGAAAAUGGGAAUACAAUUUGGGAAGAAUUACCAUAAAAUCGUAAAUAUAGAUGUCGAUAUUGGAAGGUUGUUUUAACAGCAGAAUGGAAUAAUUAUGAAGGAAGAGAAUUUAUAGAGAAGAGAUUUAAAUCUAGCGUAUGUUUAAAUUAAGAAGUCUUAAGUAAAGUCACAAGGACUAGAAUGAGUGAUCAAUUUGAUCCUUUUGAUUAAGCAAAUGAUGAUUCAGAGGAUUCUGUUGAAGGAUUUGAUAGUUUUGCUAAAGAAAUAGCUGGCAAAAAUGAUUCAGAAUCAUCAGAAUCUGAUAAUGAGAAAAAAAAGCCUAUUGUUGAAAUUAAUAAAGAUAGCGAUUUUUAAUCGUUAUAUUAAUUAUAUAAUGAGAAUCCAAAGUUUAGAUAGUUGAAAAAUUUCAAUUAGAAUGAUAUUUUGUAUGAAGUUAAUGAAGAUCCUUUAAUAGGAAUCAGUGAUGAAGAUUCUUUACUUAUAUCUACAUUUUAUUUACCAAUAGUAGUGAUAAAAAAGGAGGAUGGAUAAUAUGAAAGAAGAAAUUUUUAACAUUCUUUUAGUUUACAUCUUUUAUUUGGAGUAUAAUAAUUUAAAAGGACUUGGUUUGGACUUCCAAUAGUAUUAAAUGAGAAAGGAGAAAAAAUAAAUGACACAAGUGAAGCAUUAAAAGGUUAUUUAAAAUAAUAUGGAUUUGUUCCAAUAUUUGUAGAUUAGGAUUGUUUAGAAUAUUUUAAUUAAGAAUUUUGUACAAAAUUAUAUUAACCUAUUAUGAAUAAUGAUGUAAGUAUUACAAAAUUAGCAGCUUUAGAGUAUUCUGAAUAUAUGUAAGAUUGUUUUAAAAAGAUGAAUGAUUCAUUUUUUUAAGAAAUUAAACCUUAUAUAAAUUAAAGUUCAAUUGCUUUAAUAGCAGAUUAUCGAUUAUUAUAUUUAAGUUAAAUUUUUGUAAGUCACAAAUUCACUAGAUUACCAAUAGUUAUAUUUUACAAUAGAUUAUUUCCACAUUUUGAUAAUUUGAAAUUAAUUCCCUUUUAUUAAGAUAUUACUAAUUCUUUUUUAUAAGCAAAUGUUAUAUGUUUUAGUAAUUAUGAUACUGCUAAUGAAUUUUUAACAAUUAUGAAAGAUAUUUAUUAAAUAGAAUAUCAUUCAUUCAAAGGAAAUUUGGCAUUUCAUUAUUAUGGUAGAGAAAUAUAUGUAAAACUGUAGAAUCCAGGUAUAGAAAUAAGAGCAUGUGGAGAUUAUAGAUUUGAAGGAAAAUUUAAGUAAAAAGUUUCAGAAAAUGAAAUCAGAAUAGUUGGAGUAGAUACUUAUGGACAUUAAUCAGGAGUGGAAUUGAAGUUAAGACAUUUAUUAAAAUUUAUUAAGGAAACUGAUAUUAUAUAAAAGAAUCCUCAUAUUAAAUUCAUAUAGAUAUAAUUAAAAGCAUUUGAAGAUAUUGAUAUACAAAUUUAAAGAACUUAAUUAAUAAAUUAGAUUAAAUAAAUAAAUUAAUUAUUAUAUCCAAAUAAUGAAGAUUAUUUUAUUAAAUUAAUUGAAGAAGAUAUGGAUUCAAAAUAACGCUUUGAAGAAUUCAGCAAAGCUAAUAUGUAUUUUUAAUGUAGAUACAGUGGAAGACAUGAUUUUUAUUUACUUGAAUAUAUUCAUUUAAAUGCUAUGCCUAUUGCUUUAAUUAGUGAUUCAAGUUGUUUUCAUAGAGGUUGCCAUUCUAUUUCAACAUUUAAUGUAUUUUCUCAUAAAGAUUUUAAAGAAAAGUUUUCAGAUUUAUUAGAUAAAAUAAUUAAAAAGUCAUAUUAAUUCACAUAAGUUCAUAAAAUUUAAGUUGAAAAAGAUCAAUAAACUAUUCGUUAAAAUUAAACAUCAUAAUGGAUAGAAAAUAUAUUUAUUGAUGCAAAGAAGGCAGCUUCAAUGCUUAAAUUUGCUUAGAUUAGUUUAAGAAAUUAAGAUGGUUAAUAAAUAAAAGUAGCUCAUAAUAUGAAAUUUUAAAAUUUAGAUAUUUAAUAAGUAGCCAAAGUAUAUUAAUAAGCAACUAAAGGAAUUAUUAUUUUAGAAUUUGAAUCAAUUGUUACUGAUCAAUAUGUUAUAGAUUAUAAACCACAUCAUUUUUUAUAAUAAAGUCCUCAUAUGAAAGGAAGUGAAGAAGUAAUUGUCAUUAGAUAAGUUUAAUAAGAUAUAUUAUAAGCUUUAAAAGUAAUAUCAAAGAUUCAUAAGGUAUAUAUUGUUUCAAGUGGAUUAUAUAAUGAAUUAUAAUUCAAUUUUAAUGGAUCAAAUAUUAAUUUGUUUGCUGAAAAUGGAUUCCUAUAUAGAUCAGAUUCAAUUUAAUGGAAUGCACUCUUUAAUAUUGAUUAUUAAUGUUUAACAUAAGUCAAAAAAGUGUUUAAUUAGUAUGCAACUAAAACAGAAGGAGCUGUAGUAGAAGUUAAAGAAAGUUCAAUCUGUUGGUAACUCAAAAAUUAAGAAGAAUAUGCUUAAUAAUUGAUUUAAGAUCUUGUAGAUAAUGUAUAAACUAUAGUUGAUCGUUAUCCUACUUUUUAAUUAAUAGUGAAAUCAAAUAGUGUAGAAGUCUGUCCAAAGAAUUUAAAUAAAGGAAUGGUUUUAGAAUUAAUAAUGUAAAAGGAAAAUCUUUAAAGAGGAAAAUUAGAUUUUGGAUUGAUUGUAGCUAGAGGAAUUGAAAAUGAAGAUGUAUUCUCUCAUUUUAAAGUAAUCACUUAAAGUAGAAAAUAUUUUAUAGAGGUAUUAAAUAUAUUUGAUUUAUUAGAAUGCUAAUCAUUUCUCAGUUUCCUAGGGUCUUGUUCCAUCAUAUGCUAAUUAUUACCUUAAUUCAUAAUUAGAUUUAAUUUAAUUAUUAAAAGCAAUGUGA